AUGUCGAAUUCAAAUAACCUGCCACAGAAGAAGGCAGGUUCCUUUUCCCAGCGUUCCUCUUCGGGGUUAAUUAUACCUUCACUACAGACUUCACGUCCAGUUGUUGGAGUUACCAAUUCAACUCUUGCGGUUGCGUCUACAAAAAGUGCUGGUAACACUACUAAAGGUGAUGAAUAUAAAGGCUUUCAUCAACAUGGUAAAGAUUCUCCUUCCAAAGAUAGUAGUCUCCGUGAACUGUUUGAAAAAUACCAUGGCUCAAGUAAGUCCUCACAAUCUGCACAAUCCAGUGCGGUUGUUGGUGGGGAGAGUAUUCUAAAUAAGAAUUCACACUUUCCACAGCUGUUAAAUUUACCAUCUAAAGACGUAAAUGUGAAUACGGAGCAAGUGCGUGCUCCAAGUCCGGCCUCAAAUGAGAGCAUGUUUAGGAAGAAUCGGAAGAAGAAACAGGAUAUUGGCACAAAAACUUAUUCCGGGGCUGGUGCCCUUUUAAAUGAUGAAGGUUCGGGAAUUGGUGAUGAUGAUGAUGAUAAUAAUAAUAAUAAUGGUGAUAAUCAUACUCAUAAUAGUGUUGAAAAUAAGGAAACGAACGAAAAGCAUUCUAGUUCCAUUCAGGACACUAAGCAUGUCGGGAAUAGUAUCACUGAGCUAAAUAAAAAGCCUGUUCUUACCACAGAUACGAUAUCUCUAAAUGGAGACUCUGAUACAGAUUCAGACGCAGAAGCCUAUGGCGAUGAUCUCGUAGCAGUUGGACAGCAGGAAGAUAUACAAAAAGAAGAAUUGGUGAUCGAUGAUGUGUCAACACCACCAAAAGAGCAAUUGGUUGACUUAUCAAGUCCUUCAAAGCCUUUGAUUGAGCUGGACUCAGGAGAUAAGUUGGUAGAGAAAGAAAAUAAGGAUGCGGAUAAUUCGCGGCGUCUUUCAAAAGCAGCAUUAAAGGUUCCAAAUCCGCCGAAGGAAAAUCACACCCAAGAAAGUUUUGAUUUCCAACAAUUUAUGAUUCAGUUCAAGUCUAAAGAAUGUGGACCUAUACAUCGAUACUUGAGGUCCUUUCUAGUUCAAUUUGCACAAAGAAAUUGGACUGUUGAUGAGCAAAUAAAGCUAAUCAAGGACUUUGAAAUGUUUUUGCUUGAUAAGAUGCGUGGGUAUUUCCCUUUCAACACAAUGCAGAGUGAAGAUGAUAUUAUGAACCAAAAAGAAGGAAUAGAGAAGUUGAUUAUGGCAAAACUUUAUUCACAAACUUUCUCGCCUGUCCUGGACUCCAAAAAAUUAUCGCAGGAGAAUAUAAAUGAUCGCAAGAAGGAUAGAACGUAUGCCAGACAAGUUCGUCUGUAUGAUUGGGUCACGUUGAGGAAUUUAGAUGUUCCAACAGAUAUUAGUGCAGAUUCUAAUUUUGUCAGCUUAGCUUCGAAAGAAUUAAACAAAGUUAACAAAUAUAAAGCACCAAGAGAUAAAGUUAUUUGCAUUUUGAAUUGCUGUAAAAUUAUAUUUGGCCUGCUCAGGCAGCAGCAGAAAAAAGAUGGUAUAGAGGAAAACGCAGACUCCUUUGUCCCAAUGUUAGUGUGUGUCUUAUUUAAUGCCAAGGUUCGCUUCCUUCCUUCCAAUUUAAUGUACAUUGAACGAUUCAGAAAUGAGGACUUUUUGGCUGGUGAGGUUUCAUAUUACGUUAGCACUUUACAGAUUGCAUGUAAUUUUGUGCGGCAGAUUAGUGAGGAACAGAUUACAGUUGAUCCUGGAGAAUAUGAGAAGAAGAUGGCAGACGCGAGAAUACGUUUGAAGCAAGAAAUUGAGAAAAGAAAACAAGAAAGGGCUCAAAGGCUGUCACCUCUACCGAAAAAACUAACAGAUUUUAUAAGCCAAGCAUCCUCCGGAUCACCUUCUGUGGUUUUGACUAAAUCUGCUGAGAUAAUGAAGCAAAGUCUUUCAAAUUCGUUAAGCAGCUUUUUUGGAGAGGGAGAUGGAGAUGACACUUCUGAAGUGAAUAAUCAGACUUUGGCAGAAAGCCGCAAUAGUGGGCAUAAAGUAGCAAGUCAGAGCACUCGAGAGCAUCAAACGAAAAAUCCUUAUAAAUCGUUAGUUGCCUCGGACAAGCAACUGGAGCAAAUUAAAAAUCUUUCUCUUGAAGAGCACAAGCAAGAGGAAGAAACUAAGAAAAGGACAGAGGAUGUCUUUCAAGAACUGCAAAGCAUGUUCCCAAAGAUUGAUAAAGAAAUAAUUCAUGAUGUACUAGCCACAACAAUGAAUAAGGAUGGAAGUAACAUAGGCGAAUGUGUUGAUGCUCUGUUGACCUUAGGCUCGGACUAG